GCCACUGUCUCCUCUCCAGGCUACCUGCUACCUGCUGCCAGAGAGGCAUCAUGGGCUUCUGGAAGUUCUCCUCCUUCCUGCCUCUCAGCAUCUUGGUCUUAUACCAGGCAGGCAUCCUCCAGGCAGCACCACUCAGGUCUGCCUUGGAGAGCCGCCCAGACCCCGCUAUACUCCCUGAGGAGGAAUCAGGACUCUUACUGGCUGCGCUGGUGAAGGACUAUGUGCAGAUGAAGGCCAGGGAGCUGGAGCUGGAGCAGGAGACAGAGGGCCCCAGCAUCCCUGCUCCGAAGGGAUCCUGCAACACUGUCACCUGCGUGAUCCAUCGGCUGGAAAGCUUGCUGAGCAGAUGGGGUGUGUUGAAGAGCGACUUCAUGCCCACUGACGUGGGCCCUGAAUCCUAUGGCCGACGCCGCAGGGACCUUCAGGCCUGAGCAGUGAAAUGACUCCAGAAGAAGAUCACCAUGAAGCUGAACUCUACUUCCUUUAAUCUGUAGUGAGAGCAACUUGUAGGACAGGGAGCGUGGAAGACACACCUAUAUGCAUGCUUCUAGAUACUGAAAUCACUCUUUUUUGUUUGAAAUAAACUAAAG